GACGUGUGCAAUGAUGCCUUCAUCAUAUAGCUGAGAGAGACACACCAGACCUUGCACCAAUCACGUUUAUCUUUUGUUUCUCAAAAGCUAGAAAGGACCACAACUCGUAGAGGUUCUCUGGUUCUGUGUGGACUAGGAAAGAGGGUCGUCUCAGAAACAUGGAAGAGGAGAAAGGUAAACAGCCAUUGUUGGAGAAGAAGAAGUACUAUGAGAACUGCCCCGGUUGCAAAGUGGAUCAAGCCAAAGAGUUGAGUGAGGGACAGGGUGUGCCAAUUACAAAGCUUUUUAUCAUGUGGAUGGUGGCGUUGAGUGCUGCACUGCCUAUAUCAUCUCUCUUUCCGUUCCUCUAUUUCAUGGUAAGGGAUUUUAAUAUAGCGAAAACAGAAGCUGAUAUUAGUACUUAUGCUGGUUAUGUGGGUUCUGUAUUCAUGCUUGGCAGAUGUUUGACAUCUUUUCUGUGGGGAAUCAUAGCAGAUCGCUUUGGUCGAAAACCUGCUAUACUUAUAGGGGUUACUUCAGUUGUCGUUUUCAACACACUAUUUGGCCUUAGCACAAGUUUUUGGAUGGCUAUUAUCACGAGAUUUCUUCUGGGAAGUUUCAAUGGUUUUCUAGGACCAGUGAAGGCCUAUGCCUCUGAACUUUUUAGAGAAGAACAUCAAGCUCUAGGACUGUCAACAGUAAGCUCAGCUUGGGGCAUAGGUUUAAUAAUUGGUCCAUCACUGGGAGGCUAUUUGGCUCAGCCAGUAGAGAAGUACCCAAAUAUUUUUCCAAAGGAUUCCUUUUGGGAUAAGUUUCCAUACUUCUUGCCCAGCCUCAUAACAUCAGCAUUUGCAUUUGUAGUAGCAAUCGGAUGCAUCUGGAUUCCAGAAACACUUCACAACCACAAUUCUAGCAAUGAAUCCACAGAGUAUGCUGAAGCUUUAGAAAAUGGAACUGAUGCCACAGACAAUGAAAAGAUAACAAAAAAGAAUGAAAACCUUUUCCUGAAUUGGCCCUUAAUGUCAUCUGUCAUUGCUUAUUGUGUCUUCUCACUUCAUGACAUUGCUUAUCAAGAGAUUUUCUCCUUAUGGGCAGUGAGUCCUCCAAAGCUGGGGGGUUUGAACUUUACAACUAAUGAUGUUGGUAACAUUCUUUCAGUAUCAGGUCUUGCACUUAUAAUUUACCAACUUGCCUUAUACCCUUUUGUUCAAAGAGCAAGUGGAGCUAUUGGUAGUGCCCGCAUUUCAGCUCUGUUAACCAUACCUCUUUUGCAAAGCUACCCCUUCAUUGCAUUGUUCUCAGGCUUAGCACUAUUCAUAGGGUUGAGUACUGCUUCAAGUCUGAAGAGCAUUCUGUCUAUCACCAUCGUGACUGGUUUGUUCCUUCAACUAAACCGAGUAGUGGAACAACACCAAAGAGGAGCUGCUAAUGGUAUUGCAAUGACAUGCAUGUCUCUAUUCAAAGCUAUUGGCCCUGCAUCAGGUGGUGCAUUGUGAGUGUUCCUCUUAUUUCUUCA